CUACCCUACACAGCAGACAGUAAAUAGACCACCCCAUCCACGUAUCGGUUUAUUUGGACAGUAUAUAGUUUCCUUUGAAAGACUUUCUCUAAGGAAAAAAACGCUCCAUACGUCUGACAUAAAAGAGUCAGUAAACGGAACAUGGACUGUGUUCCACCUUCACUUGAUGAUUUAGGACCAGAGGUGAAGAAGGAGUCUGGUGGAGAAAGUGAGGCAUCACUCACAGAUCCAGAGCACAAUGUUUACACACGGUUUAUGAAGUCCCACCGCUGUUAUGACCUGGUGCCCACCAGCUCCAAACUAGUAGUGUUUGACACCUCGCUUCAAGUGAAGAAGGCCUUUUUUGCACUCGUAUCCAAUGGGGUCAGAGCAGCUCCACUGUGGGACAGUAAGAGGCAGUGCUUUGUGGGUAUGCUGACCAUAACUGACUUCAUCAACAUCCUUCACCGUUACUACAAAUCACCCUUGGUGCAGAUUUACGAGUUAGAGGAGCACAAAAUCGAGACCUGGAGAGAACUGUACCUGCAGGACUCUUUCAAGCCUCUCGUCAGCAUCUCGCCAAACGCAAGUUUAUAUGAUGCAGUGGCGUCUCUGAUCAAGCACAAAAUCCACAGGUUGCCUGUAAUAGACCCUUUGACUGGGAACACGCUCUACAUUCUCACACACAAGCGGAUACUCAAGUUCCUCAAACUGUUUAUUUCUGAGAUGCCCAAGCCAGCCUUUAUGACUCGGAAACUGGAGGAGUUGAGUAUAGGAACGUUUGAGAAUAUAGCCGCUGUGCGCUCUGAUACGCCGCUCUACACAGCACUAGGCAUAUUUGUAGAGCAGAGGGUUUCUGCCCUGCCUGUUCUAGAUGACAAAGGACGUGUUGUGGAUAUCUACUCAAAGUUUGACGUCAUAAACCUGGCAGCUGAGAAGACCUAUAACAACUUGGACGUGACGGUCACCAAGGCGCUGCAGCACCGCUCGCAGUACUUUGAGGGCGUGCUGACCUGCCACAAGCACGAGACUCUGGAGACCAUCAUCAACAGGCUGGUGGAAGCUGAGGUGCACAGGCUGGUGGUGGUGGACGAUCAGGAGGUGGCGCAGGGCAUUGUGUCGCUGUCGGAUAUCCUCCAGGCACUGGUGCUCACCGAGGGGGUAGAGGGGACGGCUCGAUAAUCUGGUGGGAGAGAGGAGGGAGCUUUUGUUACUUUUUCUCUCUCUCUCUCUCUCUCUCUCUCUCUCUCUCUCUCUCUCUCUCCCUCUGUCUGUCUGUCUUUCUCACUCUGACUGGAGGAUGGAUAAUGGUGGACGACCGACCCAGAAGGAGGACCCAGAAAAGAGAUGAGGAGAGCGGGAUGGUGUGGCGGACAGAGAGCCGAGUCUUUGGAAAGUCCUCAUUCUUGGGUUUGACUCCCCAUCUGUGAAAACUGCAAUAUCUCUCUCCCUCUCUUGCUCUCGCUCUCUCUCUUUCUUUGUCUUCUUUCUCAGUCUCUGUCUCUCAUUCGCUCUCUGCCUCUUUCAUUGUGAGAGCACGAAGGAUUCCUAUUGUAACCAUUGAACCCAGCAAUACAUAUAGGCACUAUAAGCACAAAUAUUGACAUCAUGCCAAAAUUUCAAACCAAGCAACCAAACACACAGCCCACCAAAAGGACAUUGUAUAGGGGAACAGCCUGUUACUGUGUGAAGAAUGGGCCUGGCCUUUUCACGUACUGGCACAGCUCUCCACAGCUUUCUGCAUCAGGAGCUCAGGUGUAAAUUAUGCCUUUAUGCCUAUGCCAUUUCAAGCUAUGAAAGAGGGCAUUUCAAGUUACUUUGUAUGUGGUAGAGAAAGAGGACACCCUCUUCAGACAGAUAAGGGAUUUCAGGACACUGCUGAACACCCCAGUGCUGGGCAGAUGUUUUCUCGGUGCCGUACCAGCACAGUUAAAAAAAACUAAACAAAAAAAAACAGAUGGGUGUGAGAAGUCAGAGCUGCAUCUGAAAAAUUCCAAAAAGUCGUUUUUCGGCCUGACGCUGCAGUCCGACCUGUUGUUCGGCUGCUGUGCUCCUGGGUUAAAUGUCACAUUCCAUAGAUGCACAUCCAGAAUAUUUUCACUCUUGAUCGUUACAUACCUGCAGAGUAUUUGAUUACAGGCCAAAACCUCCCGUGAUCUUCAUCACUGAGUAGUCCGCAGACCUAAACUUUGAAAUGUAGGCUCUGUCUUGGAAAUGGAAACCUUUUCCAAAUGACACAUUUGCCCUUGAAAUGUGAAGUCUGCUGUGGAUAAAUAAUGAUUUGCUGUU